AUUCACUUCAAAAUUAAACUAUUAAAAGAAACCAUGAAAAAGUGUUACUUUGCGAAUUCAUGCGUAAAACAUUAUUUCUUCAAAUCGGGUCUAAACAUACCAGCGUCCGCCCAUCUCCAUUUACAUGCUAGAGGAACAUUGGAAGGAGAAUGUGCGACGUAUUCCUAUGAACAACUGUUGAAACAACCACUAUUAAAAUUCUCUGGUCUCAACGCAGAGAAGUGCUCUCCUUUUAAAGUAGGUGUUGAGGUGCAUGACGAUGGCAGGCCUUUAGGUCUUGGUGUAACAACUUCUUACAAAAGUUUUUCCAACAGAUGGAGCUGGAACGAAUGGAUCACAUUGCCUUUACUAUUCAGUGAUUUAUCUCGUCAUUCUGUACUGGCAAUUACGAUUUAUGAUUGUGGUGGUUGCCAAGGAGAUGAGAUGAUUAUUGGAGGAACAUCAAUUUCGUUAUUUGGUAAAGAUGGAAUUUUUCGACAGGGUCUGUACGAUUUGAAAAUUUGGCCUGGGAUGCGUGGCGAUGGUCGUAUUUUAUCAAAUACACCGGGCAAAUGUAAUGAUUUCCAAAACAAUCAAAUGCAAAGACUAUCUAAAUUAGCAAAACAACAUAGAAAUGGACAAAUUGAAAAGAUAGAUUGGUUAGAUCGAUUAACAUUCAGAGAAGUCGAACUUAUCAACGAAAGAGAAAAACGUAACUCGAAUUUCCUAUAUUUGAUGAUUGAAUUUCCUGAACUUGCAAUUGAAGGUAAACUAUGUUCCGUUGUUUUCUACGAGCCAGAUGGUGAUAUAAAAUAUUUAUUUAUUUCUAAACCAAAGCUGGUUACAGUACCGGAUACAGAAACUCUGCAGAAUAAUAAUAAUAAUAAUAAUAAUAAUAAUAAUAAUAAUAAUAAUAAUAAUAAUAAUAAUAAUAAUAAUAAUAAUAAUAAUAAUAAUAAUAAUAAUAAUAAUAAUAAUAAUAAUAAUAAUAAUAAUAAUAAUAAUAAUAAUAAUAAUAAUAAUAAUAAUAAUAAUAAUAAUAAUAAUAAUAAUAAUAAUAAUAAUAAUAAUAAUAAUAAUAAUAAUAAUAAUAAUAAUAAUAAUAAUAAUAAUAAUAAUAAUAAUAAUAAUAAUAAUAAUAAUAAUAAUAAUAAUAAUAAUAAUAAUAAUAAUAAUAAUAAUAAUAAUAAUAAUAAUAAUAAUAAUAAUAAUAAUAAUAAUAAUAAUAAUAAUAAUAAUAAUAAUAAUAAUAAUAAUAAUAAUAAUAAUAAUAAUAAUAAUAAUAAUAAUAAUAAUAAUAAUAAUAAUAAUAAUAAUAAUAAUAAUAAUAAUAAUAAUAAUAAUAAUAAUAAUAAUAAUAAUAAUAAUAAUAAUAAUAAUAAUAAUAAUAAUAAUAAUAAUAAUAAUAAUAAUAAUAAUAAUAAUAAUAAUAAUAAUAAUAAUAAUAAUAAUAAUAAUAAUAAUAAUAAUAAUAAUAAUAAUAAUAAUAAUAAUAAUAAUAAUAAUAAUAAUAAUAAUAAUAAUAAUAAUAAUAAUAAUAAUAAUAAUAAUAAUAAUAAUAAUAAUAAUAAUAAUAAUAAUAAUAAUAAUAAUAAUAAUAAUAAUAAUAAUAAUAAUAAUAAUAAUAAUAAUAAUAAUAAUAAUAAUAAUAAUAAUAAUAAUAAUAAUAAUAAUAAUAAUAAUAAUAAUAAUAAUAAUAAUAAUAAUAAUAAUAAUAAUAAUAAUAAUAAUAAUAAUAAUAAUAAUAAUAAUAAUAAUAAUAAUAAUAAUAAUAAUAAUAAUAAUAAUAAUAAUAAUAAUAAUAAUAAUAAUAAUAAUAAUAAUAAUAAUAAUAAUAAUAAUAAUAAUAAUAAUAAUAAUAAUAAUAAUAAUAAUAAUAAUAAUAAUAAUAAUAAUAAUAAUAAUAAUAAUAAUAAUAAUAAUAAUAAUAAUAAUAAUAAUAAUAAUAAUAAUAAUAAUAAUAAUAAUAAUAAUAAUAAUAAUAAUAAUAAUAAUAAUAAUAAUAAUAAUAAUAAUAAUAAUAAUAAUAAUAAUAAUAAUAAUAAUAAUAAUAAUAAUAAUAAUAAUAAUAAUAAUAAUAAUAAUAAUAAUAAUAAUAAUAAUAAUAAUAAUAAUAAUAAUAAUAAUAAUAAUAAUAAUAAUAAUAAUAAUAAUAAUAAUAAUAAUAAUAAUAAUAAUAAUAAUAAUAAUAAUAAUAAUAAUAAUAAUAAUAAUAAUAAUAAUAAUAAUAAUAAUAAUAAUAAUAAUAAUAAUAAUAAUAAUAAUAAUAAUAAUAAUAAUAAUAAUAAUAAUAAUAAUAAUAAUAAUAAUAAUAAUAAUAAUAAUAAUAAUAAUAAUAAUAAUAAUAAUAAUAAUAAUAAUAAUAAUAAUAAUAAUAAUAAUAAUAAUAAUAAUAAUAAUAAUAAUAAUAAUAAUAAUAAUAAUAAUAAUAAUAAUAAUAAUAAUAAUAAU